CCGGGACGCUCAGAUCCACGUGGAAACUAUACUGAUGACCCGGAAGUGACCGCAAAAAGUCCUUCCUGCAUCAAGACCGGCAAGAUGGCUGCGGACACGCAGGUUUCGGAUACAUUGAAGAAAUUUGCUGUGAAGGUGACGACCUCAAGUGUGAAUGAACGAAAGGAGAUACUUGGCGAAUUGAAGAAAUGUCUGAAUGGAAAGGAUUUACCAGAUCCUGCCAUUAAAGGACUGUGUAAACUCUUCUGCUUGACUCCACACAGAUAUAGGGACUCUGCAUCCAGAAGAGAGCUCAUCUCGGUCAUUGCGCUGCUGGCCAAGAAUCAGCCUGAUGCCUUGGCCACCAACCUCCUCCAAUGCCUUCAGAGCAGUGGGAUCAUCUGCAAUGCUGGAGAACCCUGUAAGAGCUCUGGCUCUGCAGCCUUCAGCGGCGUGUCCUGGUCGUGCCUUUUGGUCCGCUCUGUGUUCUCAACCCCAGAGAAAAGAGAUGGGCCUCUGUGGAAGAAAAUGGUGGAGGUCCAGAGUCUUUUCCUGGCAGAGGUGGUCGGGGGAGCUCAGACCACUGCCAUUAACUCUUCCCUGAAGACCCUCUGCCAAAUAUGGAAAGAAAACUCGGGUUUGGUGGAUGAAUACAUCAGCACCCUGUUGAUUCUGGAGCAGAACCCGGUCCAUCUUGUGCUGCUGGGGGUGUGUUUCGACUUCUGCACAACACAGAAGGACAUGGCCACCAUUAACAAGCACAAGAGUGCCCUGCUGGACCUGUACGUUAAGUCGGUCCUAAUGAGCAAGACGAGGCCCCAGCAGCACGUGCUGAACAAGAGCGGCUCCAUGCUGCGCCACGUCUCCCACUCCGAGUUCAAAGACCUGCUGCUGCCCGCCAUGCAGAAGAGCAUGCUGAGGAGCCCGGAGAACGCCAUGCAGACUGUUUCCUGCCUGCUGGCCGCAGUGACCCUUGACCUCAGCCAGUACGCCAUGGAUGUUGGGAAGGCUGUUGCAAGCCAACUGAAGGCUAACAACCCCCAGCUGAUGCAGGAGGCUGUGCAGGCCAUGCAAAAUCUGGCCCAGCAGUGCAGUGACCCCACCUCCAUACAGGAGGUGGUCACGCACCUCUUCCUGAUUCUCGGAGGAUCUGAGGGAAAGUUGACAGUGGUGGCACAGAAAAUCAGUGUAAUAUCGGGAGUCGCUAGCUGCAGCCGCCAUGCUGUGUCGGGCACCUCCAGCCAAACCCUGAGUGCCGCAGUAGCUGUGAUGUUCAUUCCCUAUUUACAACAAGAAGUCCACGAGGGGACCUUGGUGCACGCCGUGUCGGUCCUGUCCCAGUGGACCAGCCGCCUGACGGUGGAGGUGCCCGCCGCCCUGCUGGACUGGCUGAAGAAGGCCUUCACCCUCAAGGCCUCCACCUCCGCCGUCCGCCACGCCUACCUGCAGGCCAUGCUUGGGGCUUUCAAAGGAGACACUCUGGACAAGGCCUCUGACCUGGUGGCCCUGCUCCUCCAGACGGUGGAGAAGGCGGCGGCCCAGAACUCCCAGCAUGCCAUGCUGGCGGAAGGCGCGGCGGCCUCCGUUCUCCUGUGUCGGCUGUCUCUGCUGGAGGCGGUCUCAGAGGCCAAAUUGGCAAAUUUCUGGGGUCUGAUUUUGGAUGAAGCAAAGCCACUGUUCACCACCGAGAAGUUCCUCAGCCAAGCCAGUGAUGAAACCAUGUGCACCGUGCUGCAGCUGUGUGAGCGGCUCUUCCUGGACCAAGCCCACAGACUCACCCCCAGCAAGUCCAAGAUGUACCACCGGGCUGUGGUGGCCGUGCUGCGGUCCCGCUCCUGGCAGGUGCGGAAGCGUGCACAGCAGAUGGUGAAGAAGCUGCUGUCCGCGUUGGGCGGCUCUGGCCUGGCCCACGGCCUCCUGGGGGAGCUCUGCGUGGUCGUCAACAAGCACACGCUGCAGCCUCAGGACGCGCUGGUGUCCGAGACGGGAGAGCUGACGGAGCUGGGCCGCGCCUACUCCCCCCCUCGGGCCCUGGUGGAGGCGCUGCAUGUCAUCUGCUCCUGCGUCGGCCAGUGGGGCGACCAGGGCGAGGCCGAGAAGAUGGCCAUCGCUAUCAUCAACGUGACGCACCAUCCCUCCAUAGUGGCCACCCGGCCUGGCUUUUGGCCCGUGCUGCUGUCCGCCAUGAAGCUGCAGACCCCUGACUUCAUCGAGACCCACCUGGAGAGCAUCCUGCCCCACCUGCUGGAGCUCAACGCAGAUAACCAGGCGGUGAGGAAUGCUGUCGGCGCCCUGUCCACUCUGUCCCCCACCAAGCUGUUGCCGAGGGUGAUGGAGCAGGUGAUCGAAUGGCUGACGCGGUUGGAGCUUCGCCAGGUGACCCGGGAGGAGUACGCCAUCAUGCUCACCCCCGAGGGAGAGCUCUACGACAAGAGCAUCGUCCAGAGCGCCCAGCAGGAAAGCACCAAGAAGGGCAGCAUCAAGCGAGAGAACAAGGCCUACUCCUACAAGGAGCAGAUCUUUGAGCUGGAGCUCCAAGAGGAGAUCAGGAAGAAGAAGGGCCUCAAGGACGAGGUGCAGCUGAGCAGCAAGCAGAAGGAGAUGAUUCAGGCACAGGUGGAGAGGGAGUCCACCAUCCGCAAGAGGCUCCAGGGGCUGGACGUGGAGCUCCAGUGUGCCGUGGGCCUGCUGGACGCCGUGCUGAAGGAGGGGCCCCCCCAGAUCGUGUGGCAGCUGCCCAGCGUCCUCCAGGCCCUGAUGCCCCUCCUGCAGUCCCCGCUGGCCUCCCCCCGCAUCAGACGGGUCUUCCUGGACAUCGGGGUCUGCCUCAUGCCCAAACACAUGCACCAACUAGCAAUGCUGGUGGGUCAUGUGACCCUGCGCCUUGUGAAGCCGGCCUGUGAGCUGGACCCGGCCUGGUCCCAGGAGGAGCUGGACACGGCGACCCAGCGCACAGUCCAGCUGCUCUACAAUCACACCGUCCCUCAGAGGGAGAGCAAGGCUGACGUGACUCCUCUCUCCGCCCCAGCGUUCUCCUUCUGCUUCCCGCUCCUCAACGCCAUGCUGAGGGACUCGUCCGGCAGCACGGAGGAGUCCGAGAGCCUCAUGACCCGCGCCCUGCAGGUGGUGGAAGUGCACGCCGAGCUCCGCGCAGAGACGGAGGUCACGGACACCUUCAUUGACGAGAACGGCCCAGAGCUGCUUCCCCGUGUGGGCAUGCUCCAGCUGCUCACCCAGGUCGUCGCCACCUCCACCCCCAGGCUCCAGGUGUUGGCGGCCCAGGUUCUGACCGCCCUGUGCUCCAGCUCUGGAGGGGAGAAGGGCUGUGCCGUGGCGGAGCAGUCUGAGAUCGACGUGCUGCUGGCUGCCAUGCUGUCGUCCUGCUUCUCCGUGCGCGACGCAGCGCUCAGGGGUCUUCUGGAGAUGGAGUUUGCCCUGCCCACCGACAGCACUGAGGCAAGCGGGCUCGCUCUGCUCCAGAGGGUCUGGGUCGCCAAGUUUGACACGGAGCAGGAGAUCCGAGACCUGGCUGAGAAGCUGUGGGACUCCCUGGGGCUGGAGCUGGUCCCCGAGCUGUGCUCCCUGCUCAUCGUAGACGUCACCCACCACGAGGAGGUGGUCCGCACGGCUGGGGCCGACGCCCUCUCUAGCGCCGUGAGCCAGUACAAGGAGCAGUCCGGCCCCGUGCUCGGCAAGCUCACCGAGCUCUACCACAAGAGGCUCUAUAGGCCACCGCCCGUGCUCGACGGCCUGGGCAGAGUCAUUUCUGAAUCUCCGCCUGACCAGUGGGAGGCCAGGUGUGGCAUCGCCCUGUCUCUGAACAAGCUGUCCCAGUACCUGGACGAACCCCAGGUCACGCCGCUCUUCCUCUUCUUCGUCCCCGACGCGCUGAACGACCGACACGCUGACGUGCGGCGCUGCAUGCUGGACGCCGCCCUCGCAGCCCUCAACACGCACGGGAAGGACAACGUGAGCGCCCUGCUGCCGGUGUUCGAGGAGUUCCUAAAGAACGCCCCGCAGGACGCCAGCUACGACGCGGUCCGCCAGAGCGUGGUCAUCCUCAUGGGCUCGCUCGCCAAGCAUCUGGACAAGAGCGACCCCAAGGUCAAACCCAUCGUGGCCAAGCUCAUCACGGCGCUGUCCACGCCCUCCCAGCAGGUCCAGGAGUCCGUGGCCAGCUGUCUGCCCCCGCUGGUGCCCGCCAUCAAGGAGGACGCCGCGGGCAUCGUACGCAACCUCCUGCAGCUGCUGCUGGAGAGCGACAAGUACGCUGAGCGCAAGGGCGCGGCAUACGGGCUGGCCGGCCUGGUGAAGGGCCUGGGCAUCCUGGCCCUGAAGCAGCAGGAAAUCAUGAGCACGCUGACGGAGGCCAUCCAGGACAAGAAGAACUUCAGACGCAGGGAGGGUUCGCUGUUCGCCUUUGAGAUGCUGUGCAACAUGCUGGGCAAGCUGUUUGAGCCCUACGUGGUGCACGUCCUGCCCCACCUCCUGCUCUGCUUCGGAGACGGGAACCAGUACGUCAGAGAGGCUGCAGAUGACUGCGCCAAGGCUGUGAUGAGGAACCUGAGUGCCCACGGGGUGAAGCUGGUGCUGCCCUCUCUGCUGGUGGCCCUGAACGAGGAGUCCUGGAGAACGAAAGCAGGCUCCGUGGAGCUGCUGGGCGCCAUGGCCUUCUGCGCCCCCAAGCAGCUGUCCUCCUGCCUGCCCAGCAUCGUGCCCAAGUUGACGGAGGUGCUCACCGACUCCCACGUCAAGGUGCAGAAGGCCGGCCAGCAGGCCCUCCGGCAGAUCGGCUCCGUCAUCCGUAACCCCGAGAUCCUGGCCAUCACGCCGAUCCUGCUGGACGCCCUCACCGACCCGUCCAGGCGGACCCACAACUGCCUGCAGACGCUGCUGGACACCAAGUUUGUCCACUUCAUUGACGCCCCCUCCCUGGCCCUCAUCAUGCCCAUCGUCCAGAGAGCCUUCCAGGACCGCUCCACUGACACGCGCAAGAUGGCCGCCCAGAUCAUCGGCAACAUGUACUCCCUCACGGACCAGAAGGACUUGUCGCCAUACCUACCCAGUGUCAUUCCUGGACUCAAGGCCUCUCUGCUGGACCCAGUGCCUGAGGUGCGCACGGUCUCGGCCAAGGCCCUGGGGGCCAUGGUGAAGGGCAUGGGGGAGAGCUGCUUCGACGACCUGCUGCCCUGGCUCAUGGAGACCCUUGCCUCGGAGCAGAGCUCUGUGGACCGCUCCGGGGCCGCUCAAGGUCUGGCGGAGGUGAUGGCUGGCCUGGGAGUGGAGAAGCUGGACAAGCUGAUGCCAGACGUGGUGCACACGGCCAGCAAGGUGGACAUCGCCUCCCACGUGAGGGACGGCUACAUCAUGAUGUUCAUCUACCUGCCCCUGACCUUUGGGGACAGGUUCACCCCCUACGUUGGCCCCAUCAUCCCCUGCAUCCUGAAGGCUCUGGCGGAUGAGAACGAGUACGUGAGGGACACCGCUCUGCGGGCCGGCCAGCGGAUCAUCAGCAUGUACGCCGAGACCGCCAUCGCCCUGCUGCUCCCCGAGCUGGAGCAGGGCCUGUUCGAUGACCUGUGGAGGAUCAGGUUCAGCUCCGUGCAGCUGCUUGGAGAUCUGUUGUUCCACAUCUCUGGAGUGACAGGAAAGAUGACCACGGAGACAGCCUCAGAGGACGACAACUUCGGCACAGCGGCUUCCAACAAAGCAAUCAUCGGGGCCCUGGGAGACAUUCGGCGUAACCGCGUGCUCUCCGGCCUCUACAUGGGCCGCUCAGACACCCAGCUGGUGGUCCGCCAGGCCUCGCUCCACGUCUGGAAGAUCGUGGUGUCCAACACGCCGCGCACCCUCCGCGAGAUCCUGCCCACCCUCUUCAAACUGCUGCUAGGCUUUCUGGCGUCCACAUGCCCCGACAAGAGAACGAUCGCAGCGCGUACGCUGGGCGACCUGGUGAGGAAGCUCGGAGAGAAGAUCCUUCCGGAGAUCAUCCCCAUCCUGGAGGCCGGCCUGCGUUCUGACAAGAGCGACGAGAGACAGGGCGUCUGCAUAGGCCUCAGCGAGAUCAUGAAGUCCACUAGCAGGGAUGCGGUGUUGGUGUUCUCGGAGUCCCUGGUCCCCACGGUACGGAAGGCCCUGUGCGACCCCCUGGAGGAGGUGCGCGAGGCCGCAGCCAAGACCUUCGAGCAGCUGCACUCGACCAUUGGCCACCAGGCACUGGACGACAUCCUGCCCGCCCUGCUCAAACAGCUGGAUGAUGAAGCCACAGCAGGGUUCGCCCUGGACGGUCUGAAACAGGUCAUGGCCGUGAAGAGCCGCUCCGUGCUGCCUUACCUGGUGCCAAAGCUGACCUCCCCUCCUGUCAACACGCGGGUGCUGGCCUUCCUGUCCGUGGUGGCCGGCGACGCCCUGACCCGCCACCUGGGGGUCAUCCUUCCGGCCCUGCUGUCCUCACUGAAGAGCAAGUUGGACACGGAGGACGGAGAGCAGGAGCUGCAAAGCUGUCAGACGGUGAUCCUCUCGGUGGAGGACGAGGUGGGCCAGCGCGUCAUCAUAGACGACCUGCUGGAGGCCACGCGGGGCGCCGACCCCGGCCUCAGGCAGGCCGCCAUCACCAUCCUCAACGGCUACUUCGCCCGCACCCGCCUGGACUACAGCGCCCACACGCGCAACCUGCUCUCGGGCCUCAUCCGCCUGCUCAACGACUCCAACCCCGAGGUCCUGCUGCAGAGCUGGGACACCCUCAACUCCAUCACCAAGAAGCUGGACGCCAGCAGCCAGUUGGCCCUGAUAGACGACCUGCACAGGGACCUGAGGUCCGUCAGUGCGGACGUGAAGGGGCAGCAUCUCCCCGGCUUCUGCCUACCCAAGAAGGGCGUGACCUGCAUCCUGCCUGUGCUCCGAGAGGGCGUCCUGACCGGCAGCCCGGAGCAGAAGGAGGAGGCCGCCAAGGCCCUGGGGGCCGUCAUCAAGCUGACCUCCGCCGAAGCCCUGCGGCCCUCCGUGGUCAACAUCACAGGGCCACUCAUUCGUAUCCUGGGAGACCGCUUUGCCUGGACGGUGAAGACCGCCCUGCUAGAAACCCUCACCCUGCUGCUGGCUAAGGUGGGCAUCGCUCUGAAGCCCUUCCUGCCCCAGCUGCAGACCACCUUCCUGAAGGCGCUGCAGGACGUGAGCCGCGGCGUGCGGCUGAAGGCGGCCGAGGCCCUGGGCCAGCUGGUGGCCAUCCACACCAAGGUGGACCCGCUGUUCACCGAGCAGCUGGCCGCUAUCCGCAACGCAGAGGACGCCGGAGUCAGGGAGACAAUGCUCCAGGCGUUGCGCUUCGUCAUCCAGGGCGCUGGGUCAAAGGUUGAUCCAGCCAUCCGCAAGAACAUCACCACCACACUGCUGGGCAUGCUGGGACACGACGAGGAUGCUACGCGCAUGUCGUCUGCAGGCUGUGUCGGUGAGCUGUGUGCGUUCUUGUCGGAAGAGGAACUGAGGAGCGUAUUGCAGCAGCACAUCCUGGCCGAUAUAUCUGGUGUGGACUGGAUGGUGCGUCAUGGCCGCAGCCUGGCUCUGGCCAAUGCAGUGAAGUCUGCCCCCGAGCAGUUGUAUGCAGAGGAGUACCGGGACACCGUGGCCGAGACCAUCCUCACAAACGCCACCGCCGACCGGAUUCCCAUCGCCACCAGUGGAAUUAGAGCCAUGGGCUACCUGAUGAGGCAUCAGCUGCGAGCAGAGGGAGGCAGCGCAGUUCCCCAGCGCAUCAUCACACACUUUGUCAAGUGUCUGCAGAACCAGUCGAGUGACAUCCGCCUGGCGUCGGAGCGCGUGCUGUGGUGGGUGUUCCGCGAGGCAGCCACUCCCCCCCUGGAGGCCGGCCACAUCAAGCCUCUGCUGAAAACCCUGCUGGACAACACCAAGGACAAGAACACCAGCGUCCGGGCCCAGAGCGACCACACCAUCAUCAGCCUGCUGCGCCUGCGCCAGGGCGAGGAGACCAUGCAGAGCGUCACUGCCAUCCUGGAUGCGGCCAGUAACGACCUGCUGUCAGAUUGCCACCGGCGGUCACUGAAGAAGAUAGCCAGCCUCCCAGAUUCUAACGAAGAGAUCGAUGAUACCAUCCUGACGUGAUCGGGACCGAUCGAAUCAAGCAUACUGAGAAAAGCCCUCUUGAGCAAGAGCAGCUUGAUUUGAAGUGUCAUAUAUACAUAAAUUAAUGCAAAUCCCAAGCACACACAACUUUUUUUUUUUUUUUUUUUGCCUUAUCUGGACCUUGGACAGUGUCUACAUUGGCUUUCCUUAAUAUUUCUUUACUUUUUUUUCCCUCCUUUAUUGUUUUAGAGUCCAUUGUAUUCACAUUUAUAAUUUUUAUGCUACAAACAGCAGUUUUUUUUAAAUGUAACUUGAUGUUGGAAUGAGAUGUUUGAUCUUUUUUCAACAUGGUAUUUCAGUGUGCCAGUUAUUUUACAAAAAUAUUUUGAGAACCAACAAAGAUAAAUGAUAAUUAACCCAGUUUUAUUUGGACCUUGUGUGAUUGUGAGGGAUCAACUUGAUAUAACAAGAAAAAUGACAUACUGAUCAGUGAAAUGGUUGUAAAAAGCAAUACAAAUAAAAACAUGAUCUGAUUAGGUUUUUGU